AUGCAGAGCCGUGAUUUAGCAUUUUACGCGGCGGCAGCCCGGCAGACCUGCUCUUGCACUGGGAGCUCACCGCAAUACCGGAGCUUUCUGGCUACUCCUGGGAAAACUCCGGCUGUGGCUGUGCAGAAGGACGGAGCCGACUCCCAGCUCGGCUCCCUGCGGCGGAAGAGCCUGCGGGGCGGUCCGUGCGGCGGACGAAGGCACCUCUACGAGCACCCACGACGGACGCUCCCGCCCGAGCCCCGACGCCGGGGGUACGCUUCCCGAUCGCCCCGCCCGUCCCCGCGGCCCGAGCGCGCCCGCCCCGGCGGCGAGAGCCCCGGCCCGCUCCGGCCGCCGCCGCCCCCCGCCGCCAGCGCCGGCCCCAACUCCUCAUUGGCCGCCGCCGCCGGAGGGAGGAUGACGCCCGGACGGGAGCGGCGCAGCCGGAGACCCGGCGGCUCCUACCGGGCACGGCCGCGGGAGCGGGACCCGGACCGGGACCCUCCGCCCGCCCCGCCGCCGCCGCCCGCCGGCGGGGACGGGCCCGCCGCUAGACAGGGAGCGGAGGAGGAGAAGCGCGAGGAGGAGGAGGAGGAGGAGGGAGCCGUCGCCGCUUGCCCCGCGACGUGGCCCCCCGGCGGCGGCUGCGGCGGCCCCGGGCUCACCCCGCCGGAGGCUCCGUCCGCCUGGGGGGCGACGGGGCCGUGCAGCGCGGCGGGGCCGCGGGCGGCUCUCUUCGAGCGGUGCCUCAGCUCCCCCGCCUCCGCCGAGUCCUUCCCCUUGGCCGCCUCCUUCCCGCCCGCCGAGAAGCUGCUGCUGCAGCCGCGCACGCCGCUGCCCGCCCCGCCGCUGCCGUCGGUGCCCGCGCCGAAGCGGCCGUCUCGGGCCAAGGCGCCGGCCAAGAAGGGCAAGGCCGCGCGGAAGCUGAGCUUCGCCGACGAGGUGACCACCUCGCCCGUGCUGGGGCUGCGCAUCAAAGAGGAGGGGCCCGAGGGCCGGCCGGCGCCGCCGGCGGGGCGCACGCCGCUGGGCGAGUUCAUCUGCCAGCUGUGCAAGGAGCAGUACGCGGACCCGCUGGCGCUGGCCCAGCACCGCUGCUCCCGCAUCGUGCGGGUCGAGUACCGCUGCCCCGAGUGCCACAAGAUCUUCAGCUGUCCCGCCAACCUGGCCUCGCACCGCCGCUGGCACAAGCCGCGUCCCGGCCCCAGCGCCGAAGGCGCCGCCUCCGCCCCGCCGGGCCCGGGCGGCGCCCCCGGCGGGGAGGCGUUCGCCUGCCCCUGCUGCCAAAAGCGGUUCCGGCGGCAGGCUUACCUCCGCAAGCACCUGGGCACCCACGGGGCGGCGCGGCCCGCCGCCUUCGGCCCGCCGGAGCGCGGGCCCCUCGCCUUCGCCUGCCACCUCUGCGGCGCCCGCUUCCCCUCGGCGGACAUCAGGGACAAGCACCGGCUGUGGCACGCCGUGCGAGAGGAGCUGCUGCUGCCGCCGCCGCCGCCCGCCGGGGUCCCCGAGAGCGGCGCGGCGGGCGGCGAGCGGCAGGGCUUCCCCUGCAAACACUGCCCCGCCACCUUCUUCAGCGCGCCCGGGCUGGCGCGGCACGCCAGCAAGUGCCACCCGCCGGAGAGCAGGCAGGUCCUGCUGCUCCAGGUGCCCGUCAGGCCCGGCUGCUAGGCCCGCGGCCGCCCCGGUGGGACUGCUCCGAGAGCCCGGGCUAGCCGAGCGAGCUCUGGCAGCGCCGUAAUUCCUAUGGAAAGUCGCGGCUCUCACGGCUACGACGUCGGAGGAGCCGCCCGGUGA